AUGCCCUCUCCCCACCACCGUUCCGGAACAUACAUCUUCCUCUCCCUCAUCAUCAUCGCUCUCUCCCUCCUCCUCUGCAUAAACCUCUGCACAUCCGCCACCCAAUCCUGCCCGGACUUCCUCCACCGCGAUUUCUCCUUCUCGCUCACAUUGGCCCCACCAGCCCAGCGAGGCAGAGUGGGUUCCGCUGCUGCUGCUGCUGACGAUGAUGACAAUACCACGAUGACUACCCCCGGUAGCAAAAACUCCACAAAAGACAUGGGCGUGGCGGAUCUGUACCAGUACGCGCUUGCGAGUCCGCGGUAUCGGAGCGCCAAGGAUGCGAGGAGGUUGAGGCGGUAUUUGCUAUCGCGGCCGGCGGAGCGGGGGACGGGGAGGUGGUUUUGGGUCUUCGGUGCUUGA